AUGCAUUGGUUGAAGGUGAAUACAGAUGGUUCUUUUCGAGACAAUAGCACAGCUGGAUUUGGGGGGAUAUUUAGAGAUUAUGAGGGUCAGUUUAGAGGAGCUUUUGCUAAAAACGUGGAGAUUCUCAGUGCAAUUGAUGCGGAAGUGUUGGCAGUUAUUGAGGCUUUGAGGAUUGCUUGGGUUAAGAGUUGGACUCACAUCUGGCUCGAAACCGACUCCAUGCUGGUGGUUCAAUAUUUCAAGAAUCCAAAGUUAGUUCCAUGGAGGGUACGGAGGGCAUGGUCUAACUGUUUGUCUUCCACCCGUAUGAUCCAUUUUCGAGUCUUUCAUACUUUCCCGGAGGGGAACACUGUAGCUGAUGCUCUUGCUAAUCAUGGUGCGCUCAAUGUGGGUUAUAGCUGGUGGGAUGACCUUCCAUCCUUUAUUGCUGGUCAUUAUGGGCGCGACCUGUCUUCUAUGGUUUAUUAUAGAUUUCGGUGA